GGGCGUUGCUAGGGAACCUUUGGCGGCAAGAUGGCGGCAGCUGGUCCGAGCCCGGGUUCGCUCCGGCAGCGCCGGGAAUCGUCGAGGCGGCCGCCGCGGGACGGCUAUGGCGUGUACGUAUACCCAAAUUCCUUCUUCCGAUAUGAAGGGGAAUGGAAGGGAGGGAAGAAACACGGUCAUGGGAAGCUGCUUUUUAAAGAUGGAGGUUAUUACGAAGGUGAAUUUGUGGAUGGAGAGAUCACUGGGGAAGGCUACCAGCACUGGGCCUGGUCAGGAAACACCUACUCUGGACAGUUUGUUUUAGGAGAGCCUCAAGGACACGGCAUCAUGAAGUACAAAGCCGGGGGUCACUAUGAAGGGGAGUUCUCUGGCGGUCUGAGGGAAGGACAGGGGUUUCUGGAGGACCAGGAUGGGCAGGUGUACCAAGGGUCCUUCCAUGGCAACAAGAAACAUGGCCAUGGGCAGAUGUUCUUUAAGAACGGUGACAAGUACGAUGGUGACUGGGUUCGAGACCAGCGUCAAGGACAUGGGGUGCUGUGCUAUACCGAUGGCUCCACGUAUGAGGGACAGUGGCACAGUAAUAUCUGGAGUGGGCUGGGCACCUUGGCCCACUGCUCAGGAGUCACCUACUGUGGGCUGUGGAUUAAUGGCCACCCAGCAGCUCAGGCUAAAAGGAUUGUGGCCCUGGGUCCAGAGGUGCUGGAGGUGGUCCAAGGAUCGUCCUUCACCUUGAAAGUACAGCUGCAGCAGGAUGAUGGGGAAGUUGCCAAGAGCGAGAGUGGCCGGGUCCUGAAGAUCUCAGCAGGAGUCAGAUAUGUGCAGCUCCCCGCAUACUCUGAGGUCAGCUUUUUCAAGAUGGAUGAAGACCAUCAGGAGACACCCAUCCAGACACCAUUUGGGUUCCAGUGCAUUUCUUAUCCUCUGUCCUUUGCCACAUCCUGCGGACUGGAACCCAGGUCUAGUGUGGAAGGUGCCAGAGCCAACCUACCACUCUCCAAGGGAGAUCUGGAGCAGGCACUGGACAACCAGGGAGACACCCCCAGCAUCCUGCCUGCUGAAAGACAUGAGCCUCGCUGUCCUGAAGCCUGUCAACGAGUGGAGCAUGGAUGUGCUGAGUUUGUGGACAUCCUCCUCGGGCCCCCUCCACCUGGGAUGCAGCCUUUCCUGUUCCUGCCCAGCAUGCUUGAGAAGGCGUACAGGAGGCCCAAAGGUAGCCAGAGUCCCCCAGAGGGAGCAGCCACUUCACAGGAGCCACCAGAAAGCACCAGGUCUAAUGGGACUACAGUGGAGCUGUCAGCAGCGGCAUAUCUAGGGGAAUACGUGCUCAUGAUCUGUGAUGUAACCACCCCUCCAUUCCUGGGCCAUAGGCUGCCCACUGCCUUCAAGCACCUUCGAGUCUUGGCAAAAGGGGACAGCCAGUCAUCCCAAGUCCCUGGAGACAGGCCAGAAGCUCUAAGCUAGGGCCAGUCCUGGCCCCUGGACGCAAAGGAGCUACCAGCACCCUCAAGAAAAGGCCACCCCUCCCCUGGAGGCUUAUGCUGCCUCCCCCAGGGGCCACAUCAUCUGUCCCCAAACAGCCUAGGAACAGAGGGCUGGCCCCUGUGAGCCCCAUGACCACUGACUUCUUUCAAUAAAACUCUCCA